UUCUUGGCAAGCACAACCAACGAACCAACCAACCGGACGAGGAGAGGAGCCGGGCAUAUUCUCUCUUCCCCUUCCGUUUCUCCUCCAAACACCGCGCCCGGAAAGCGACGCCAGCCGUAGGCGAGGGAGGCGUCCGCUCUUCUUCCUUGCCGAGCGCCAGCCGUACGUUUCCUGGACCUUCCAGUCUGAGCCCCCCAUUUCGUUCAUCCAGAGUCCCUCUCAGUCUCUCCUCGCGCCUCGAGCUCCCUGGAAGGUUCAUGGGGAGAUGGACGUGCACCGGCGUGGUGGCUCUCGUACUCUUGCUGUCUGCUGCUGCUCAUGGAAGAGAGCUGCCUGUCAAGAAAAGUGGCCAUAGUUUUGUCUACAAUCACACUCUUGCAAAAACUCUUGUGGAAUAUGCUUCAGCGGUGUAUAUGACAGAUUUAACUGCUCUGUAUACAUGGACAUGCUCAAGAUGCAAUGACCAGACCCAAGGCUUUGAGAUGAGAUCUCUAAUUGUUGACGUGGAGAACUGCUUGCAGGCGUUUGUUGGUGUAGCUCAUAAUCUAAAUUCAAUUGUUGUUGCAAUCAGAGGAACUCAAGAGAACAGUGUACAGAAUUGGAUCAAGGACUUGAUAUGGAAGCAGCUUGAUCUAAGCUAUCCAAACAUGCCAAAUGCAAAGGUGCACAGUGGAUUUUUCUCCUCCUAUAAUAAUACAAUUUUGCGUCUAGCUAUCACAAGUGCUGUUCGCAAGGCCAGAAAAUCAUACGGGAAUAUCAAUGUCAUAGUGACGGGCCACUCAAUGGGAGGAGCCAUGGCUUCUUUUUGUGCACUCGACCUUGCUAUGAAACUUGGAAGUGACAGUGUGCAACUCAUGACGUUCGGGCAGCCUCGUGUUGGCAAUGCUGCAUUUGCCUCAUAUUUUUCCAAAUAUGUGCCCAACACAAUUCGAGUGACACACGGACAUGAUAUCGUGCCACAUUUGCCGCCUUAUUUCUCCUUUCUUCCCCAGCUGACAUUCCACCACUUCCCAAGAGAGGUAUGGAUCCAUGAUUCCAAAGGCAACACAACUGAACAGAUUUGUGACGAUAGUGGUGAAGACUCGAAGUGCUGCAGGUGCGUCUCUAUGUUCAGCUUGAGCAUUCAGGACCAUUUCACCUACCUGGGAGUUGAUAUGGAAGCAGAUGACUGGAGCACCUGUAGAAUCAUUGGAGCUCAAAGCGUUCAGAAAUUCCGGAAGGAGCUCACUAGCAGCAUUAUCAUGACAAUGCACAAUGUCGACGUCUCCAUUGUUGAUCCUAGCGUACAGACAGAUUUGAACAGUUUUAGAUAGCCACAGCAUUCCUUUAUACAAAUUCAGAGCAAAAAGCAAAGCCUUGUUUUUCUCUUGAAGAAGAAUGGUAAAGUAGUUCAGCUUGAGGAUUUCAUUCUGCUUGGGACAAUACUUUUGAUGUCUUGUAAAUGUGUAGGACUGUAGAUAUGUACAUAAGCAAGAUAUAGAUUCCUUCUGUUUGGAUGAUGAUGUCCUCAAUAGAUAUUACUAAUAAAAUUAGAUGUAUUAUUCCUUCA